GAAAAAAGCUAUUUGUGUCAAUUGAUAUCAGUAAAUACAUAUCUGAUGUGUUUUUUCUGAAAGGUAGAAGUGCGAAUUAUUCUAAAAUCAUUCCUUCUAUUUCAGGAUGCAGCAGCAACAACUGGCCGCCCAGCUGUCCCACGGGGGUCACCACGGAGGAGGAGGUGGUAGCGGACGUCCUCCUCCGGGCUUGAGUCCCACUCCGUCGGACUCCGACUCCGACAUCUCCCUAGGCGCACACUCUCCGCCAGGUGGCGCUGGCUGUCCGCCCUCGCCGCCCCCCAGUAUUGCCCACUUCAGGUUCGGUGCUCACUCGCCCGGGCCCAUGCCCGCCCAGUUCAGGUUCGCCGCGGGAGGGGGCACUGUGGGCUCUGGCGGGCAGUUGGUGUCGCCUCCUGGGUUCAGGCAUUCGAGUCCAACGUCAAAAGAUAGCGAAUCCCCUUCGGCGAUCAACCUACGGCUGACCUCGGACAGCCCUAUAGACGUGGACUCCAGCACCGAAAAGGGCAGUCCUGUUCGCGUGGACAGCCCCCCGCCUCCUCCGCCCAUGAACCUCAGGAUAGCUGAUGGACUCAGGAUGGACGGAGGGACGAAGAUAGAAACUCCGCUGCCUUUGAGGAUCAGCCAUCAUAUGACUGCGCCUCUUAGGAUUCAGGUAUCCUCUGCGAACCGUUUGGUCUCCCCACACACCAACAUCUCAGUAGGCCACGGGGGCAUCGUCAGGAUCGCCCCUCCAAGUCCUACGAGUAACCCCCCACCUCUGCACAGGCCCUUUUCGCCGCCAAGGCUCACGUGAUAUUCGCCCUAUGAAUGGGAGGACAAAUUGUGAAUAUUUAUUUGAUGCAAUAUUUUGUAUAGUAAUUCGCUUUAGGUUAAAAGAAAUUGGUUGAAAUUUUCACUUGAUCGACUCCUGUUUGAAGUUGAAUUGUAAUCUACAUCGAUUACUUCCAGAUCAAUAAACUUUUCUCUGUUAGUUUUAUCUAAUGACAAUGGUAUAUGUAGAUCUUUAUGUGGUUUAUCAAUCUAAUUGUGAAAUAAAGGAUGUUACCCAUAUAAAAUGUGGUAAUAUCUCGGACAUAUUUAGAACAAAUAGUGCCAAAAGUUGUAAUAAAAAUGUUUCUAGUAGCUGCUGGAAGUCAGGUUUUCUCAAACAAAUUUUGAACAUAACUCUAUACAAGGCAAUUUCCACAGCAUAGUAACCAAUAAGGACCUCACAUGAUGGUAUCCAUGUAAAAUAAUAACUCAUUUAGAUCUCAAUGAACGAACUAAAAAAUCAUAUUUCCAGCUAUCCUAAUCCCUUUGAGAAAGUCAUGAUUGAUUUCGAUAAAAUGAGCUACUCCUGAGUAAGGCUUUAUCAAUUUUUGAUACUGGAUCCACACUGAUUUUAUCAUUUCGAGAAUAUGGCAUUGUGAAUAUACGUUUUCAGAUCUCUCAUAUUGCCUUUGAGCCAUUAUUAUACAAUAUACAGGCUAAAAAAAGUUGGCAAUAUUACGCUAGGCGUAGUCCUUCCCUGGAGAUAUGAAUGAUUUAAUUAUUUUACAUGGACACAAUAGUGUACAGUUUCGAUUGGUUACUAAGCUGUCAAAAUUUGGUUGAAUUAUGCAGUGUCACUUAAACGUUACUCAAGAAAAACGGAUUUCCAUUACCGUACUUUAGGAGCGUGUUUCGCGUAGGACAUUUUUUAAGUAAGAGCCAAACAUCGACUUAUAGUCCGUUACAGAAUGAGGAACUACUAAUUGAUUUAUGUUCAGGAUACUUUAGUUAUUUAUUUGUCUUUUAUUUUUCUUCUUUGAUUCUUUUUCUAAAACACUUGUUUAAUAAUGGGUGGAUCAAAAUACUCUGGGAAAAAAUUUCAACCAACUUCUGAGAUUUGUACAUAUAUAUAGUGAGCCGAACUCACACUAAAUGUUCAGUGGCAACUUGUCGAUAUAACGCUUGAAAUUGAUGGUGAGUUGAAUUUUUAAUAUCGUGUGGUAUCCUUUACCUUCUAAAUUCAUCAAAUUAGAAUUCUAGUCACAUCAUACUGUUGUUAUAAUAUACUCACAUUCCAAAUACCGAAAAAUGUCAUGCGUAAUGAGGCAGUUGUGUUUAUUUCAUUUCUCAAUACCCAAGGUGAUAGUACUCUGUUUUCAACCAGAUAUGAAUAAAUAACCAUUCGAGCUUGAAGCCAUUAUAGCGAAACCGCAAGUCUAUCAAAUUGAUGCAUAAUUGAAUAUCUAUAUAAGUUACAUAAUGUCGAAAUGCCGAAGAUUUUAAUUUCUUGACUAGGAAUUCAAAAGGAAUUUGAGUGCCUUGUUUUGCUUUUUUAACAUACGAGUAGUUACUGGAACAUACAGAUUUAUAUUCUAACUUUUAGGGAAUGAUUGCCAAAGGCUUCGGUCAUUAAGAUGUUGAGCUCUCAAGAAUAAUAAUAGAUGAAGAAAGCAGGUUUUCGUUUAUAAUGUAGAAUCUGAAUAGUGUCUUAGGACGAUGGAUUGGGCGUAAAAAAUACCUCAUGAUUUUAAAAUCAAAUGAAAUCAUCCAAUAUAUUAAUCUUAAUGUAUAUUGCAUUUUAGUCGAAUAAAAACGCACAUAUCUUAAGUCUCCGUUGACAUUUUACAAAUGUAUAGAUUAACUCAAUAUUACGGUCGUCCAGAUUUUACUGCACGUCAAAUAAGUUGCAAGAGAGUAACAUAACUCAUCGUAUGCCACUGUCUACUGCUAAAGCCGACCUCACCGUGCAUAGAGACAGCACCUAGAUCAGUGGUGUACAAUGCGUCAUGUUAUUCUUUUUCAGUUGGAUACUUGACUGUAUGAAACACGCUUUUGUCACUAUGUAAUUUUAGAGAAGACGGGUAUAAUAUUGUGUUAGACGGUACAUAUCUUUUCGUCCUUCAGCAAAUAGUUGCCUAAUGAGAAUUGAGGUUCUAGAAAGCAAUUGGAAAUGUAGAAUUUUGCAUAAAUAUUGAUUUUUGUAGACACCAUGCGACUACUAAUUCAAUUAAAUAAUAAUUAUAACAAAUUAGUAUAUAUAUUUACAGUGAUUGUCAGUUGUAUAUAUGAAUGAAAAUUAU